AUGAGAGCCAACAAAGAAUUACGCGUGAGCGCAAGACCUCAUGAGGGUCAGGCCAUGGCAGACUACCUCUUCGAUUUCGUCUUGCUAGCUGACAAAGCUGUCCUGAUGGAUUUAGCGAGAGGUGAAUAUAUUGUCAAGGCUGUCUCGUUGCUAUGGAACGGCCACUCGGGAUGGGGAUGGAUGCGAAUCCCAACAGGCUAUCUUCUAGAUUUAUGGACAUACCUCAUGUGGAACAGCAGGACAGCGGACUGUCUUCACUUCUUGGAAUCUGAAGAGGAUCUUGAGGACCAUAUCUGGGCUGGAGAUGCGGCACUUGACUGCACUGGGGACUGUUCUGAAAUCCAUUACUUUCAGCACUACGAUACCCAUAAAGAAUAUGACUGGGCUUACUUGAAUUCUGUUGACGACGUGUCUGACGACUUUUCUAUCGACAUAAUCGAACUAUUAUUAUCAAAUAAAAUGGAAGCCGACUUUCAGAGAGCUGUAUGA